ACGUGCGGGCACUAAGACCGCAAGGCAUUCGUUUCCUCCUACUGUGGAUGCGGACGCCCGGAGGAGGAGAGUCCCAGAGCGAGGAGCUGGGAGCAGAGGCACAGAGAACACGUAGCGACUCCGAAGAUCAGCCCCAAUGAACAUGUCAGUGUUGACUUUACAAGAAUAUGAAUUCGAAAAGCAGUUCAACGAGAAUGAAGCCAUCCAGUGGAUGCAGGAAAACUGGAAGAAAUCUUUCCUGUUUUCCGCUCUGUAUGCUGCCUUUAUCUUCGGUGGUCGGCACCUAAUGAACAAACGGGCGAAGUUUGAACUGAGGAAGCCAUUAGUGCUCUGGUCUCUGACCCUUGCAGUCUUCAGUAUAUUCGGUGCUCUUCGAACUGGUGCUUAUAUGGUGUACAUUUUGAUGACCAAAGGCCUGAAGCAUUCAGUUUGUGACCAGGGUUUUUACAAUGGACCUGUCAGCAAAUUCUGGGCUUAUGCAUUUGUGCUAAGCAAAGCACCCGAACUAGGAGAUACAAUAUUCAUCAUUCUGAGGAAGCAGAAGCUGAUCUUCCUGCACUGGUACCACCACAUCACUGUGCUUCUGUACUCCUGGUACUCCUACAAGGACAUGGUUGCCGGGGGUGGUUGGUUCAUGACUAUGAACUAUGGCGUGCACUCCGUGAUGUACUCUUACUAUGCCUUGCGAGCAGCGGGUUUCCGAGUCUCCCGGAAGUUUGCCAUGUUCAUCACCUUGUCCCAGAUCACUCAGAUGCUGAUGGGCUGUGUCGUUAACUACCUGGUCUUCCACUGGAUGCAGCAUGACCAGUGUCACUCUCACUUUCAGAACAUCUUCUGGUCCUCACUUAUGUACCUCAGCUAUCUUGUGCUCUUCUGCCACUUCUUCUUUGAGGCCUACAUUGGCAAGAUGAGGAAAACAAUGAAGGCUGACUAGUGUCGGAACUGAGGAGGAAGCCAUAGCUCAGGGUCAUCAAGAAAAAUAAUAGACAAAAGAAAAUGGCACAAGGAAUCACAUAUGGUGCAGCUAAAACAAAACAAGACAUGAGAAAACACACAACCCAAAGCAGCUUAGGGAUAAUUAGGUUGAGUUAACCCAGUAAGUUUAUGAUCCUUUUUGGGUGAGGACUCACUGAGUACACCUCCAUCUCAAAGGACUGCUGCUGGAAGACCCCAUUCCCUCUUUAUCUGUCAACUCUAGGACAAAUGAGAACAAAAGUGGGCCAGAGGCAGAGAAAGAGAAGGCAAACAAAAGCUAUUAACAGUAUAUGAAAAAAAAAUGUACUUACUAAGUGUUAUAUUUCUCUAAGGAUCAAAGAAGUUUACUUAAAAAAUUGUGUGAACCCAUACACACAAUCCUUUCUAAUCUUUUUUGACACUAAACUGGAGCCAACAGAAAAGAUAAAAAUGGAAGAGAUACACAAUAAUGCUUUUGCAAAAAUGAAAGCCUUUUUAAGAAAGGUUGGCAGUUGUAGCCCCCAUGAGAAAAGAUGUCUUAAUCACCUCCUGAGAAAAUGGAUAUAAACAACUAUAUUUCAACUAAGAGAAAGGCUUGUUUCCCUUCAUCGCACAGCCUCAGUCUAGUGAGUUUGCCAAAACCAAACAGGGCACAAUAUUUUUCCAGGGUUCUUCCUGGGAGGAAGGAAAUAAUGCAGCCCAGUUCCUAAAAGGGCAGCCCCAUCUCAGAGCAUUUCUGAUAGUUUAAUUUCUACCCCUAAAUGAGGUAGGAAGCAUUAUCCUUUGUUCUGUUGCCUCAGGCUUUCAAACAGAGGAGUAAAUACAGAAUUUAAAAGAUACAACUCAAUCAAAUGAUUUGAAAAAUCGACUCUCUACUACCUGUAAAAAGGUGCAGUGCUGUACCGUUCUUGAGCUGGGAAAGAGAAAAGGACAGUGGGAAAGGAGUGAGCCGAAGAUCAAUAUAAUAGAUAAUAAGUAUACCCCUCCCUCGGUGACUUCACACAUAUUCAUAACGUUCAAAUGAAACCCUAUGGUACAGUCCAUAUUUUCUAUAUUUUUGUGAAUUUCACACAACCUGCAGGGCUCUUCUUGAUCUUGGGUAAACACUGUGUUUCUGCAUCAUCUGCAUUUGCUCCCUAAGGCAAUGCAGAGGUGUUUAAAGUGCCCUCUGCUGGUCGAGUGGAGAUACUUUGACAAACACACUUCAUGGCAAGUUUGGCUGGAACAGUUGACAACAAAGGGCCCCUUAUAGACUUAUUCUUCAAAUUUUAAAUGAUAUAAAAUACUCACCAUAUUUUUGGCCAAAUCAGAAGACAUUCUUCCUGCUUCAAGUCAGCUUCAGAAAUUUUUUUAAAAGGGACUUUUGCUCUGGAACUCAGAAAAUUGAUUUAUUAAGAGCCAUAUUCUUUAAAAAAAAAAAAAGCUAGAUAACAUCUGUAAUAUUUCAGUCCUUUUCAAGCCAAAUAAAUGUGUAAACAUUCCUAGUAUUUCAAAGAAGCAAUUAUGUCAAGGUGUUCAAUGUGAUAUAAUAGUAUUCUCAUUGGUUACGUAGCUAAAUGAUUAGACAAACUAGAUGAAAAAAUUAGGGGCCACUACACUGCAUAGAUUAGACACGCAUUACCACACGUAUAGGCACACAGAUGAGGGGUCCAACGAACUUCAAAGCCCAAAUGAAUAGAAACACAUUUUCUGGCUAGCAGAAAAAGAAGCUGUUGUUUAUCUUUCUUGCUUUAUUUGAGAGUGUACAGAAAAGGGAUUUUUCAAAUUAUUUUUAUAUUAUUUUAGCUUUAAUUGUGCUGUCAUUCAUGAAACAGAGCUGCUCUGCUUCUCUGUCAGAGAUGACAAGGGCUUUCUCAGCAUCUCGUUUAUGUGUGGAAUUGAAAAGAAUAAAGUUUUAUUCCAUUCUGUGUGAA